AUGUGCGGUGAUCCAGCAGAAGCCACCGAAGAUCUAAAUGAACAUGAGAAAGAAUUAGGUGAUACGGCAGCCUGUCAUCGGUCGUAUGUCACCAUGAAAAAACUGGACGGACACCAUACCGGUCGUUGGGGCAGCCGUCUACGGCAUACAUGCGUCAUGGAGCAUGCGUACAAUCAGAAGCGACAUCCUCUUGAUGAAUACAUUGGAAAAGUGUGUCCAGACCGGCGAAGGCUCAAGCGUAGUCUUGAGACGCCACGGGGAAGUUCUUCGGCUCCAGUCGUCCGUCUCGUGGAUUUCGAGAUGGGGGUUGAGAUGGCGAAGGGUCAGCCGAUCGUCAAACAUCAGACGGUGGGAGAAUGUGGUAGACGAUCUUGUUGA